AGUGCAGUCUUCUAUUCCUUUUACCUCCACAGUCCUCAUCCUUCAAUUUUCUUCCGUUUCGCUUCUCAAACUCUUCCCUUCAUUCCUCCUUCCCGUUUCUACACGGCUCUACCUAAUCCCCAAACCCUAACCCUAUCUCCCCCUCUAAUCUCUUUAAAAGUUUAAAAAAUAACCAGCAAUGGAAACCGUCACGAAAAUCAGAGACCCAGAUGUCAAGCUGAAGGGCUUUCCCCAUCCUAACGGCGAAGCAAAGAAGCCGCACCGGACGACCUCACCACUGCCACCGCCGCAACCGGUACAAGAAGCGGAUGAAGUUAUCUAUCGUGAGUGCCUGAAGAACCAUGCCGCCAGCCUCGGGGGCCAUGCGCUGGAUGGCUGCGGCGAAUUCAUGCCGUCCCUAACGGCUAAUCCCGCCGACCCAACUUCCCUCAAAUGCGCAGCCUGCGGAUGCCACAGAAACUUUCACCGCCGGAUCUCCUUCCGCCACCGCGCGGCUGGGGCCGCAGCGUCCGGUGACGAUUGCCUUGAGGGAGAGGGCGAGCGUGACGGACGGGAUGAUGAUGGCGAGGACGUUGAUGUGGACGGUUCUCGCCCAAGAAGCCCUAGCCCUUCCCCGCCUCCGUACUUCUCUUCGGCCCCCCACAUGCUGCUUGCGCUAAGCAACGGCGUCCGGGAUGGGGAUUCGCCUGCCUGUGCCGGAAAAUCCUUCACUAUUCCUACCCCCGUGGUGUCGGUGACGCCGCUAAGGAAGCGGUUUCGGUCCAAAUUUAGCCCGGAGCAGAAGGACAGGAUGCUGGAGCUUUCAGAGAGACUUGGAUGGCGGCUUCAGAAAAGAGAUGAAGAAUUGGUGGAAAAGUACUGCAAUGAAAUUGGAAUCGGCAAAGGCGUUUUUAAGGUAUGGAUGCACAAUAACAAACAUAAUUUGUUUGGGCACUCGGGCUCUCGUAGAGGAGAAACGAUGAGCGGUGUUUCUCCCUCCGCCGCCGCUGCUUUGGCUGGCGGUGGUGCAGGAGUGCAUAAGGUUGAUGAAAAUGGCAAUGCGAUGAACGGUGCCUGUUGAAGGAAAUUUUAAUUUUAUGGUCUUGUUUUUGCUGUUAACGCUGCUCAUACUAUUUGAUUAGCUUCUUAGUGAUUCAGAUAGGAUUUGGAAGAAAGGUUCUGAGAGGAUGAUUGAGGUAGGGAUUGACUCACAAGAGAUCAACGAUUUCAAUGAACUCAUCAUGAUAAUUUUCUUUCAUGAAUAUUUUUAUCCUUAGCUUUUUGCGUUGUAGUAAACAUUUUUAUAAAGUUCAACAAAUUGUGGAUGUUCCGGACA